AUGUCUGUCAAUGUUUUUAAGAGAUUAUUCAGGGUACUUAGGGAUGAUUAUGGACUAGAAUGCUCCAAUAAAGUUGGGAUUAUUGAGAUGGUUGCAAUGGUUGUCUUCAUACUCGGACAUGCACAGUCAAACCGUGAUAUUGGGGAGCGUUUUCAACACUCUGGAGAGACCAUUAGUCGCCUAUUUCAUAAGGUGUUGCAAUCAGUUAUGAAGAUGUUCAGGGAGAUAAUUAAACCAAGAGGAGAUCAGUUGAAUGAAACACCGACUUACAUUAGGGAGCAUCCAAAAAGACAAAGGUAUACUGGGCAAAAAGGAGUCCCAACACAGAAUGUGUUGGCAGUGUGCGACUUUGACAUGUUGUAUACCUAUGUUUCAGCUGGGUGGGAGGGAUCCGCACAUGAUAGUUGGAUUUUGGAACAUUCCUUGCGUCAAGAGAUUCUAAAGUUUACAAAACCACCUCCAGGUAAGUAUUAUUUGGUGGACGCCGGAUAUGCAAACAAGACGGGUUUUUUAGCAGCAUACAAAGGUGAAAGGUACCAUGUUCCUGUAUUCCAUAAUAGGGCCCCUGCAGCUGGACAUCGUGAGGUUUUCAACAAGGCACAUGCCAAGCUUAGAAAUGUCAUUGAACGGACAUUUGGAGUUACCAAGAAGCAGUGGCGGAUUUUGGGAUCCGUGACUUCAUUUGAUACCAAGAUACAGGCAAAGAUUGUGAUAGCGUGCGUGACCCUUCACAAUUUUAUUAAACUCAAUGCUGACCUUGAUUCUAAUUUUAAUGAACUUGAAUCAACGCCUGUGGUCGAAGAUGCUAUUAUGCCCGAUGUUGUCAUAGAAGAUGUGGUAGAGGAUGAAGAUGACAAUUUACUCAUGACGACGCCAACAUGGCACAGUUCCAGGACAUGGUUGCACAACAACUCAUGA